AUGUGUUUCGGCAAUGCACAAAAGGAGGAUCCCGAUGCGAGAAAGAAUCGGGAGAUUGAGAAGCAGUUGAGGGAGGAUCAGAGGAAGCAGGCCAAGGAGGUGAAGUUGCUGUUGCUCGGAGCUGGAGAGUCAGGCAAGUCGACGGUCCUGAAGCAGAUGCGCUUGAUACACACCAAAGGUUUCCAGCUGCCAGAACGAAAACAAUGGAAGGUCACCAUCUUCCAAAAUCUCUUACACGCCUUUCAGGUGGUGUUCGGUGCUAUGGAAGAGCAGGAGGUGGACUUUGCGGAGCCCAGUAAUAUCCGCUUCGCAGAGAUCAUAGCAGCAGACCCGGAAAUCGGACCCGAAGACUCCAUGCCAUUGGACUGCCUCAAUGCUUUCAAAAGCCUCUGGCGAGACCAUGGUGUCCAGCUUGCUAUCAAGAAAGGCAAUGAAUACGCGCUACAUGACAAUCUGAUAUACUACUUCUCCGAUAUCGACAGGCUCUUCGCGAAAGAUUACCUGCCCACUGACCAAGAUAUUCUCCGAGCACGAUUACGAACAACAGGCAUUACAGAAACCAUCUUCGAUACUGGCAACCUCACAUAUCGCAUGUUUGACGUCGGUGGACAGCGAUCAGAGCGUAAGAAGUGGAUACACGUCUUCGAUAACGUCCAGGUGGUACUCUUCUUAGUGGCGAUCAGUGGCUACGAUCAUGUGUUGGUUGAGGAUCGCAAUGGAAACCAAAUGCACGAAGCGCUCAUGCUCUUCGAAAGCAUCGCCAACAGCAAAUACUUCGAGAAAUCCGCCCUCAUCCUCUUCCUCAACAAGAUCGACCUCUUCCGCGAGAAAAUCACCUCCGGCACCGCACCCAUCCGCACCCACUUCCCCGACUUCAACGGCGGCGACCGCGACGUCGAGGCCGGCCAGGACUUCUUCGCGCGCAAGUUCAGGGGCCUGGUGCGCGACCCAACGAAGGAGGCCUAUGUACACUUCACCAACGCGACCGAUACGAACCUGCUGGACAAGACGAUGAAGAGUGUGCAGGAUAUGAUUGUGCAGCGGAAUCUGCACCAAUUGAUGCUGUGA